AUGACUGAAAUACGCGGGCGCCAAAACAAUGGGUCAAAAUCACAACAAGCGGGUGUCAAGCGCCAAAAAUGGCCCCAAACAAAAAGACCCACCCCUACCCUAACCCUAGCGCCCCGCGCCCAACAUCCUUCCGGAUCUCGCACAGUGCUACCGUCGUUCCCCGCUAGGCCGCCACCAAUCGCACACUGCGCGCCCAUCAACGCAGAUCCGUUUAGGAAGGUGGCAGCGUCGACGGUGCGGGCCCGGAAGGGCUUUUGGGCGCCAGCUCCAGGGAGGACAAGGCCGCCGCGGCGACCGUCAUCCACGACCCUGCGCUCAGCGUUGCGGGCUCGGGAGGCCGCACGUGCUGCCUGCUCCGAGGAGGACGAGGCCGCAACGGCGGCCGCCGACAAUGACUGUGCACUCGCUGCGUCACGCAGCCACUGCGAGGCGAGGAGCCGAGGACUAGAGCGAGCACCUCGACUGCCUCUGCAGCAUCCUUGGUUGCGACCCCAAGAACCAAGGUGCAGUGAUAGCCGGCCCCGCACCAUCCUCGCCUAUGACCCCAAGACUGCUGGAUUCUUAGUUGCAUCAGAUGCUGCUAGAAUAGCACUUUUGAUUAGGUUGUUCAAGAUGCUAGCCAUAGCCUAUUUUCAGUGGCCAGGAGUCUGGAGGACCGACAGGAGCCUGCCGACUAAGCCUAUUUGUAGCAGUAGGCCUAUCGGCCUUCUAGAGAUGACUAGUCCUAUCGACCAGCAGAUCUGUUCUCGGUGCCGGAGUGGCGGAGCUUGCCGACAGCCGUCAAGCUAUUCACUGGUGCGUGUACUGGUCUCUCUCCAGCCGUGA